AUGGGAGAGGGAGACCACGAGGCGCACGGGGACGACAUGGAGAGGAAGGCGGACAAGAAGCUCUCCGGCUGGGGGCUCUUCGGCUCCCAGUACGACGCCGCCGCCGAUCUCUACUACGGGGCCGCAACCUUCUUCAAGCUCGCAAAGAGCUGGAGCAGAGCCGCAUCCGUGUACACCAAGAUCGCCAACUGCCAUCUGAAGCUCGAUAGCAAGGACGAAGCCGCCUCGGCCUAUGCGGACGCCGCAAACUGCUACAAGAAGUUCUCGCCCCAUGAAGCCGCGCGAGCGCUGGACCAGGCCGUCGUUCUCUUCCUGGAAGUCCGCAGGCUGGCCAUGGCCGCAAGAUACUGCAGGGACGCUGGUGUGAUAUAUCAGCAAGAAAAGGAUCUGGCGAUGGCUUCAGAUUACCUAGAGAGGGCCGCCGAUCUGUUCGACGACGAGGGGCAGACGUGUCAGUCGAACGCCAUCAAGCAUGAAAUCGCGGAGAUCGCCGCGAAGCUGGGGCGGUACCCGAAGGCAGCCGAGAUUUUUGAAGAGAUUGCUCGUCAAUCAAUCAAGAGCAAGCUGCUGAAGUAUAGCGUGAGAGCCGUCCUCCUCAAUGCAGGCAUCUGCCAGCUAUGCAUAGCCGAUGGUGUCGCUAUGCAAAAGUCGUUUGCGCGGUACCAGGAAAUCGAUCCGACUUUCUGGGGAACUCGUGAACACAAACUUUUAGCUGAUCUUGCUGCAUCAAUGGACUACGGAGAUGUCGCCAGAUUUACCGAUGCCGUCAGGGAAUUCGACGUCGUGACACGUGUGGAUCCUUGGAGAACGAUACUGCUGCUGAGGGCAAAGGAUGAGCUGGAGAAACAGGAGAAUGACGACGAUGAGGAUGAUCUAACCUAA